AUGACGCCUUCACUCCGGGUCAUCCCUAACGCGGCGUCUCGUGCCGUAUCCCUUCUGAGGACAAUCCAGGCACAUCCUCCCUCAUGCCCAUGCCACACCAACCCCGGCCAUCACCACCACCACAACCCUUUGCACUUUACGCCGAGGCCCCUCCGGACGAGCAGCAACCGCGGCUAUGCCACCCCCGUAGACAGCCCGCAGAAGGAGUACGCCUUUGAGAUGGCCGCCUCCUCCAUCCGCUUCGGCCCCGGCUCCACGCAGGAAGUCGGCAUGGACUUUGCCAACAUGGGCGCCAAGCGCGUGGCCGUCGUCACGGACCCCGUCGUCGACGGCCUCUUCGCCAUGCAGCAGGUCCGCGAGGCCCUCGACCGCGAGGGCAUCAACUACAAGGUCUACAACCAGACCCGCGUGGAGCCCAAGGACAGCAGCAUCCGCGAGGCCAUUGACUGGGCCCGUCCCUUCUCGCCCGACGCCUUCCUCGCCGUCGGCGGCGGCUCCGUCAUCGACACAGCCAAGCUGAUGAACCUGUACUCGUGCUACCCCGAGGCUCCCUUCCUCGACUUCGUCAACGCGCCCCUCGGCAACGGCCGGCCCGUGGACAAGGCCUUGAAGCCGCUGAUUGCCGUGCCCACCACCGCGGGAACCGGCUCCGAGACCACGGGCACCGCCAUCUUCGACCUGGUUUCCAAGCGCGCCAAGACGGGCGUCGCUCACCGCAACCUGAAGCCCACUCUCGGGAUCUGUGACCCGCUCAACACCCGCACGAUGCCCUCGGCCGUGAAAGCCGCCUCGGGACUUGACGUGCUGUGUCACUCCCUCGAAUCGUGGACGGCGAUCCCCUACCACGAGCGUGUGCCUCGGCCCAAGAACCCCAUCUUGAGACCCGCGUACCAGGGCGCCAACCCCAUCAGCGACGUCUUCUCAAUGCAUGCGCUGAGGGCCACGGUGAAGUACCUACCCCGCGCCGUCAAGAACCCCGACGACUUUGAGGCGCAAAGCGAGAUGCUGCUCGCCGCGACGCUCGCCGGUGUCGGUUUCGGUAACGCCGGUGUCCAUCUCUGCCACGGCAUGUCGUACCCCAUCUCGGGCCAGAACCCGGGCUACCAGCACGCAGGAUACAAGGUCUCCUACCCCAUCAUUCCGCACGGCGUUUCCGUGGCCGUCACAGCGCCCGCCGUCUUCCGCUUCACGGGUGCCUCCAACCCGGAGCGUCAUCUCCAGGCGGCCGAGGCCUUUGGCGUCGACGUCUCGCGCGUGCGCAAGGAGGACGCUGGAAAGGUUCUUGCCGACGCGCUGACCAAGUUCUUGGCGGAUCUGGGUGACCAGCCUGCCGGUAUCAAGGAGCUUGGUUUCGGCACAGAGCACCUGGACGACCUUGUCGAGGGAACGAUUCCGCAGGCUAGAGUGUUGAUGCUGGCGCCUGGUCUGGAGACGGAGUUGCAGAAGGAGAGAGAGCAGUUGAGGGGUUUGUUUGAGGCGUCUUUGGUGCACUCAUGAAGUCUGGGACUGGUGAACCGUAGUGUACAGUGAUUGGGGCCAGGAUGUAAUCAUGGACAGAAAAGAGAU